AUGCUUCAGGAUCUACUUCCCGAAAUGAUUCAGACCACCAUUCGUUCAGCUUUCAACUCACAAUUUGAAUCGAAUAUCCUGGACAGCUGUCAAAAUAGCGACAAACUCGAGAAUGGAAAAUCCUCUCUUUGUUCGAAUACAAUUCCUGCGUCCAUUGAUAUUGGUGGCGGAGGUCCUGUGAUUCCGCCAACAAUUUUUCCUAUGCCCAAUAAUUUUACCCCUUCAUCCGUUCCUUCUUCUUCGUUAACCUUCGAAUCUAAUGAUCUUACGGGGUUGUUAAACUCAUUUCUAAGUAAAUCUCUCAAUACCGAUUCCUCAAAUUUGCCUAGUCUUCCUCCCCUGACACCUCCAAGGCCUUUGAAAGAUGAGGAAAACAAGAGCGGUUUUGACGACGAUGGGAGUGGAGAAGGAGAUGAGGCUUCAUCCUCUUUCCUUCUCCCCUUGGUGCCGUCGCCACCACGCUCCACCGGAACUCGGUCCGAAGUUAGCUCCCUCCUUUCUAGCGAGGUGAUGGCUCAGAUUGAAGAUCAAAUUAUGUCCCCCUCCUUUAUGAACGAACGACGGAAGCAGUACUGGCAGAUAUACCUCAAUUCCAAGGAAUGGACUCGGGCAACCUGUGCGCUCAUGUCUUGUCUCUUCACUCGAACCCAAAUGGCAAAUUCCACUGUCUUAGGAAGGUCUUCACAAGUUGGUGGUGGGAUUAGAAAUCGGCUUCCUUCAGCAUUUGUUCAUUACAUUGUUACUAAAAUCAACCAGCGCUUUGGUGUGAAUCCCGUCAAAAUUCGUGCUAGAAUGGCCCAGAAAUGCAAGGAUUUGCGUCGUUGA